CGGCUGCCGACGUCUCACUUCGACGCCCGCCGUCCUUUUGUGUGUGUGGUCAAAUUGAAAUUAAAUUUUUUGAUUAAUCGUCAAAUCUCGAACAAAUUGGACUUUCCAGGAUGUCAGGCAGAACCCUUUUGAGUAGACCGCGCACACGCGUCUACGACGCCAACUACAACAUCGGCGAGAGCUACUACAAGUCCGCCAUCGACCGUCUGGACCGGAAGUACUCCGGCAGGCCGCUCAGCCCGGCCAAGGAAUCCCCGAUGGCCGCCGACAUUGCGGAACGCCACGCGGCUGCGUUCGCCGACGAGGACCUCAGCACAUCUAGGAGGCGCGCCGGGAAGCUCAUAAACGAAGAUCACGUGUUCGACUCGCGCGGCGGACGCAUCGGACGUCGCACCUACGACGACGAUGUCGACAACGAGACUUCCGCCGCGUUGCGCAGGAUCCGCGCCAACAAAAAAGUAUCCAUCAUCGACGACGUCGACCUGGAAAGCACCAGCAACAAUAUCAAGACCUUCCGCAUGCUGGACCGCUCGGAGAAGAUGCUCAACUCUGUGGGCAUCAACGAGAACUCGCGAAGAACCCUCGACGAGGACAUAAUCAUCAAGCGCCGCGCCGCGGCCAACUCUGCCGCGAGCGAGGAGGCCGGAAGUCUAGAAAAAUGGACUUCGAUGGCGCCGGUGGCCGAGGAGGUGCACAGCGCCGCGGCGCUGCGCGUCAAGGCGUCCAGGGAGCGGCUCAGCGGCCUGGAGGACGAGAUGGCCGCCAUGGCCGAGAAGCAGGCCGCCAGGGAGCGCAGGGUUGCCAGACUUAAGGCGCUGGUGGCGGAGAACGAGUCGGAAGACUCGUCCGACGUUGUCGAGUCGUCGGUCAGCGUGAGCGCGCGCAAGGAAAGAAAGUCUGUUAGGUUUUAAUCGAUUUUUGUAAGUGUUUUUUUUAGUUAAGUCGAGAGGGUUUUUGCAAGUUUUAUCGUUUACUUUUUCGUACUCGCUAAUGUGUCGCAUUUCUAUUUAAUCUGCUUACACCUUAUGUAUAUAUGUAUAUUAUAAUCCUAAAUAAAGUUAGAUUGUUUUAAA